UUCAUUUUCACACAAAAAUCAUCUCAUAUGAACUGAUAUUCUUGAUGUUAUUUAACUUAAUAGCAACAAUGCAAGUUUCAGGUGCUGCUGCAAUCAGCGACAUUAUGGUGGUGCUUCCAUCUUCAUCCUCGCUCCGGUUACCGGAAUUCCGUCAUUUCCAUGCUUUUGACGCCAAGAAUGUUCUUUCCACUGGAUUUCUUAAGCAACGAUCUUCAACCUCAAACUCGCGAUUCUCCGGUGACGAUCACGGUACCAUCAACAUCGCCGUAGAGCAACCGCAGAACGCGAAACGGAGAAGAAACGCCGAGGAUGAUUCCCUCGACACACUUCCAGUUUAUCACCGCACCGCCGCAAGAAGAGAUGUUUCUCGGUCACGAUCUCCGCCGGUGAAUAAGAUGAUUCACGCUAUUCCCUUGCUUGUGUUCAUUUGUCUCUUCACUCUCUGGUGGUUCUCUUUUCCAGUGGAUGUGAAGAUCAAGGAUGGUAGGAUAACAACUAUACGACAGAUGGAUACACCGGUUUCAGACGAUAAUGCUCGAUUUGAUAUUACCAUACUCGCUGUUGCUGCAUCGUCUCCUAUGCCUUCAAUUCAUGAAGAUCUUUCAGGUGAGGAUGAAAUGUACUUGCCUCCAUCGAGUUCGCCUAAUUGAAGAACCGUUUUCUUUGGUAAAAAGGAACAACGGGAUUGAAGUUUUUUUGUGCCAAUUCUCUUUCUGGACACUCAUUAGAUGACAUAGAAUAGAUAUUUCAUAUGAAUUUGUGCUUUGUUAAAAUGAAACAUGGAAAUUAUCAUUUCAUUGGAGGAAGAAUAAUGAAUGUCCCACAUAGAAUGUUUUACAAAAAAUUGUAAUACAGUCUCAUUUGUUGACUUUACAAUUGUAUCUUGUGACAUUAUGAACAAUGACAUUGUUCAGCUUCA